GCUACAUUCGGUGAGAAGCAGCCUUCAACGCUGGAUUGUGUGCAAUUCGUGUAGAAUUUAAUAGUGAAAAGUGAAAAGAAAAAUCAUAAAAAAUGCGUGUCAAAAGUAUUUUGUACUACUUUGCCAUUGGUCUAUUGAUCAUGGGAAUGUUCAUGGAAGAAGUUGAAGCAAGGCGUAAAAUUCUCAGAGGACGUAAAACAAUAACCAGACGUUACUACAGAGGCACCGCAAUUCCAGCUUGGUCAAUAGUUUUGAUGACCGGUAUUGGAAUGCUGAUUAUCGGUGCUGGUUUUUACGGCUUGCUAAAAAGGCUGGUAGUGGACAGCGUGGAUACAGACAGUUCUUACCAGCCUGCGUUGCAACAAGAAAUUUAAUUUCUACUAACACACUCAAAUAAUCACCCAUUUAUUACAUCGUCUUGAUACAUUUAAUUUUACGUCAAUAUAAUGUUAUUCUUAUUGGCGAAGAAACGAAAUUUUUUUUUUUUGAAUCCGAUCUAAAAAAUUCUCUAUUACGUCUCUGUGGCGUUCUGAUUAAACAUCAUACAAUAAAACAAAAAACUUGUUAUUCCCACUCAAGAUGAUACAAAUUUUAUUUAUACCCUUUCUAUAUUAUAUUUAUAUUUACAUGUAUGUCUUUGCCAAUAAAGAGCGAAAAAUUAGGAUUCUUUGUUUCAAUGUAGUCAUUAUUUUUUUUCUUUUAAUUUUAUUUAUACUGAUUGGACGUUAGCCUAUACUUUAGGCAGUAGCGACAAAAUCUAGGUAAUAUAUUCUACCAAUUGUAUUAAUUUGCAAAUAAUAAUGCAUGGCAUAUUAAUAAAAUUCACCAUAAAUCAUGUAUAUAUUAAAUAAAUAACAUAUUUUGCGCAAGAUUUUGCCCCUACUUUUCGGGGACACAUAGGUAUUAAUUAUUCAUUAUAAAUAAUGUUCAAUCAAUCAUUAUUUGUCGACUUGCUGAAGCAAAUAUUCAACUCUCAAGAGCAUUGGUUGCACUUGAAAGAAAUUAUUAUGAAAAACAAAUGACCUUAUAUUCAUACGGAAAGGUAACCGCUGAUUUCCGUACAGAUCACAAGGAAGCCAUAAAAAAGAGACCGUACCUUGUGCCCGUAUUAAAUUAAAGCACGAAACGACAAUUUUGCGACUCACAAAGAAACAAUAUUAUUAUAAGAGUUCUGCUCGUAUUUGCUUCAAUAUUAAAUGAAUUGCUCUCAAAGUUCGUGAUAAUUAGUAGAUAAUUGUUACUCUGUUGUGAAGAACGCUGGAUACGUCUUGAAAAUCGUCAAUAGACCAUUGUCACGUAAGCACAAACUUUGCCUUUGAUAAUUAUAUAAAACUAAGAAGAGGGAAAUAUCGAAGGCAACGUUUAAUCUCAUGUUAUCGCGCAAGGUACUGAUUCUGUUAGCCAUAGCCAUAUUUACCGUAGUAAUGUUGCUUUUGUAUAUGAUUCACAAGAAGAGAGAGCAAAAGCAGAGAGAUAUUUAAAAAAAAGGGAAACGCCCAAUGGAUGGUCCAG